AUGCAACCAUUCAAUAAGUAUUACCCUCCAGAUUGGACACCUGAAAAGGGCUCUAUCAAUACGCAUUAUGGCAAACAUGCUCUUGGAGACCGAGCAAGAAAACUCGACGAGGGCAUCCUUAUAGUCAGAUUCGAAUUGCCAUUCAAUAUUUGGUGCAAUGGAUGUGAAAAUCAUAUCGGCCAAGGUGUUCGAUACAAUGCCCAAAAGAAGCAAAUUGGUAAAUACUACAGUACGCCUAUAUUGCAGUUUCGAAUGAAGUGCCACCUAUGUGAUAACUGGAUCGAAAUUCAUACAGAUCCCAAGAAUACAGCCUACGUCGUUGUGAGUGGAGCUCGCAAAAAGAUGGAGGAGUGGAGUGCAGACGAUACUGAAGUGAUUCAGUUGCAAGAUAAAGAACAGAAGGAACAGCUGGAAUCCGACCCCAUGUAUCGCCUUGAGCAUGGUAUCAAAGACAAAAAGAUCAUCCAAGAGGCCACACCGCACUUGACACAACUACAAACAUUGAAUGAAACGCAAUGGUCAGAUCCAUAUACCAAAUCACAGCAACUGAGAAGACAAUUUAGACAGGAAAAGAAGAAAGACAAACUUAUAUUGGAAGAGACGGAAAAGUUGCGAGAUAAGCAUUCACUGCAGAUCGAACUACUGCCCGAGACAACGAGUGAUAUUGUAGAAGCUAAAUCAAUUGAAUACAACGCAACACAUGUGCUCGAUGAAAAGAGAUUGGAUGCAGCAGUAGCACCACUAUUCAACACCUCAAAAAGCAACAAGAAGCAUGUGGGCACCUUGGGCCAUUUAGCGUCAGCAAGAACACGUUUAAAGACAGAUCCUUUUUAUCAAUCCAAACCAUUUACAACGACAACGGCAACAGCAAGGCCAUCCAACGAGACGGGAUCAAUGAAACUAAAUGACGUGAAGGUUGUGAAACCAGUUGAAAAGAGACAAAAGAUACGACACAAUGACGCUCCUAAGCAAACUACCACUGCAUUGGUAUCCUAUACCGACUCUGAUACCGAUUAA